AUUUUUUUUCUCCAGCAAAACAUAAAAUUUUCGCAAAGCUUUCGCAACAACCACACAAAAGCAAUCUAGAAAAAAAUGUCUCUGCUGACGGGUAGUGCAAACUGCAUCAAAUAUGUUUUGUUUGCUUUCAAUUUAGUUUUUAUGCUAACCGGCAUUAUCUUAAUUGCCGUUGGUGUUGGCGUUGCCGCCAUCUAUACAGAAUAUGAAGCCUUUUUGGUGUCGAAAUUCUUUUCGAUACCGACAUUCCUGAUUGUCAUCGGUUCCUUUAUCAUUGUCAUCUCCUUCUUUGGCUGCUGGGGUGCCUUGAAGGAAAACUACUGCUUGAUUUUGACCUUCUCGGUGCUGUUGGGUUUGAUCUUCAUUUUGGAAUUGGCCGCUGGCAUUAGCGGUUAUGUUUUGCGUUCCGAUGCCGAGUCAUUGAUUAAGGGUAGCCUAACGGAAUCGAUGAAGGAAUACAAUCCGACGCAUACCAAUGAUGUGACCUUUAUGUGGGACUAUGUGCAGAGGACUUUCACCUGCUGCGGCGUUGAAAGCUACAAGGAUUGGAACACCGUUCUCAAUGGCUCCUUGCCAUUGUCCUGCUGCCGCAAUCCCGUUGGCCAAGUGGGCUCCUUCACCUGUACCAUGAACAACGAGGAUGUCAAUCGUUACAGUCUCGGCUGUUUGAGUGAAUUCUCCAAUUACAUUGCCGCCCAUGCCGUGAGCUUGGGUGCCGCCGGUGUGGUCAUUGCCAUUAUUCAGUUCUUUGGUGUCUUGUUUGCCUGCUAUAUUGCCCGCGAAAUUAAAAUACGCAACGGCAUUACCGGUUUCAUGGGUUAAACUCGGAUGCUGAAAAGAAGAGGAUGAGAAGGCGGCAGGAGAAAGUGAGAAGUUUCCAGAGUUUCAUAGUCAUAAUACGCAAACUAAGCUUUGUCUGCAAAUGUUUCGCUUUGUUUAAUGUUUAAUUUUUCAAAUGUUUUUUUAAAUCAAUAAAGAGAAAACAAUAAAAAUAACAAUUUUUUUAAAA